AUGUUACUUUUUGAAGACUUCUUUGACUCUGCAUUGGUGAUUUGCAAGUGCAGUAAUAAAGGGAAAAAAACAGUGCUGAAUUUAUUUUUACCUGAACUAGUUUGUCUAGUGACAGAAGCAAGUGCUUGCUACACUCUGAGGCAGGAGGCUUUGAGAACCCUCAACUCUAUACUUGAUGGUGUCCCACGAGAGGAGAGAAAGAAAUUCCCUCACUCUGAGGAGAUACGCUCACUCACGAAAGACCUUGCAAAAACCAUACUGGAGGCUGGUGAUUAUGACCUUCAGGUUGCCCUUUCAGAAGCACUUUGUAGGUUAAUAACAAAAAAAUGGAGGGAUGACCUUGUUCACCAUUGGUUUGAAGAUAACUAUCUUGCUGAAGCUUUCAAAAAGAUCAAGGAUAGAGAAUUUGAGACGGACUGCAGAAAAUUUCUUAACCAGCUAAAUGAAAGGCUUGGGAAUGAAAGAAGAGUCUAUUCAUUUCCUUGUAUAUCUGCUUUUGCUGACAUGAAUGAGGUGAAGAAGCCAUCAGAUGAGAAGCUGGAGGAGUUCUGGAUAGAUUUCAACACUGGCAACCAGAGUGUGACUUUCUAUGUGGACAAUAAUGAGGGUACUCUGUGGGACUCUGUGAGGCUGUCAAAAGAAGCAGUCAGCAGUUACAGCCUGAAGGAUGAUGACGGACAAAAGAUUGUUAAAAUUUACAUGAAGAUUCCUGUUACUCUUAACAAAACAGAAGCAACAAAAUUCAAGUUAUCUUUCAGUGCUGAGUUUGAUAUCUUAAAUACACUUAGAACAGUUCUGGGAGAUGAAAAAAUGAUGAUAACUGUGGCUGAAGAGGAGUCUGUCCAUGCUGGGAAGCAAGCCAGGCAGAAUGAAGCAGUGAUACCCAAGUCCACAAAUCCACAGGACAGGAAAGAUCCUUCAAACUCUGAAAAUGUGGAGACUCCAUUAGACAACUUAGCUUCUCAGCACAGCCAGCAGGUAAUGGUUAAUUCUGAUGUCAACGUGGUUACAGUGAGUCAGCAGGUGGAAUCAAAAGAUGCCAACCAAGUUGUCUUGUCUUCUUCGGAAAAAAAAUCCAAAACUCCAUCUCCAAGGACAGAAACUAAGCCUAGUGAGAAGCUCCAAGAAGAGGAAGCCAUAGAGACAUCAAUGCCAAAGAUCCUGCAACUCUUUUCUUUUCAGAAAGAUGUUAGCCGGGAAAAGAGAAAUGAAAAAACAAGAUCGGCUAAGCAGAGGGCUAAAGGGAGGAAGGAGAGCUAUGACUUUGAAAACUCAGACACUGAAAGUCAUGAAAAGGUCACUGCAGCCAAGGAAAAGAUUCUUGGCCAGGGAUUUUCUUCUCAAAAUCAGAGGAGUUAUGACACAGGAAACGUGGACUCAAACAAACGCAGGAGAAGGGCGUCCAAUUACAGGAAACAUCUUUUCUCUGAAAGUAAUGGUGAAAACACAAGCACUGGUCAGAGUGAGAAAAGCUGGAUCCUUGACUCUCAGAAACAAUCGUUGCCAAAAUCUCUUGACUACACCCGAAAAAAACCCAGGAUGAGAAGUAAAUUAAAAGUGCUCCUGCUGUCUUCUGCAAGUAGUGGCAGUGACUACCAGACAAAGAAGGGAGCAUCAAGGCAAAGGGAAAAACGCACAUCCAACUCCAAGGGAGACAAUUUACCUACAGAGGAUCUUGCUGAUGAAAUGCUCUCAGAGGAACCUGAAGGGGAUCUGCUUUCAAUUGAUGUACCUGCUAAGGGCCAUUCCAGUGAUGAGGAGAAGGCCACACAGAGGUUUCACAGUGCAUCUGACCAAUUGUCAAAAGAAGAAAGUUCUAAGCGGAAGAGCUCAGAUGCAUUAAGUGGCAAUGUCAUAAAAAAGAAGAAACUUUCCAAUUGGGAAACAAAUCACUUGUCCUCUGAUGCUUCCUGUAAGCCAAGGAAGCUUUUUGAUUCAGUAGAGAGGGAAGCUGAGAUCUACACAGGUCAGGAAAUGGAUGAUAGUGUUGAUGAUGCACUUUUUUCCAAGAUGCUACAUGAAGAUUUUGGUGAUUCAGGGGUGAUUACUGCAUUUGAAAGCUUUAUCGUCCAACUGAAGAAAUUGUUCUGGUCACGAUACAAAAGAAUGGAGACCAGUGCACAGAACGCCUUGAGGACUUCAGAGAAGAAUGUGUGCACCCUGCUGAAUCAGAUACACGAAUACAGGCUGAGUAAGCUGGAGACCUUCCCGAAGAUUGUUGCUGAAGAGCUUUCCAGUCUUGAGAAGGAAAUUCAGCUCUUGGCAAACAUGGAAAAGGAUGCAGUGGAGUUCUGCAAUGCACAGUUGCUCAAAUUGAAUUCUUUCUGCAAUCAGCAAAAGCCAAGAAUUCAGUCUGUUGACUCAGCCUUGGGUGAAACAGCCAGGAGUUUUGCGGAUACUAUCCGGAAUACAACGCGCGAAUACUCAAUGGAGAAGGGAGUAGAAAACAACGUAUACGUUAUUCCUUCUGACUAG